GAUUGUUCGCAAAAAUGUCGACAAUGGAAGGAUCGCUUAGUAAAUGGACAAAUGUCGUUAAUGGCUGGCAAUACAGAUGGUUUGUCUUGGACGACAAUGCUGGCCUUUUAUCAUAUUACACGAGUAAAGAAAAGAUGAUGCGUGGAGCACGCCGAGGUUGUGUCAGGCUGAGAGGUGCAGUAAUUGGAAUCCACGAUGAAGACGAUAGCACGUUCACUAUCACCACAUCGUCACAGAAAGACGAUCCGAAAACUUUUCAUUUCCAAACGCGAGACGGUGAAGAACGUGAACGUUGGGUUCGCGCUUUGGAGGACACAAUAUUGAGACACUCACAUGCCCGUUGGGAUCCUAAUAAGUCACCUCCCAAGAAAAAUUUCGAUCAAAAAGUAGCGGAGGCGGAUGCGUAUCUGCAACUGUUGAUCGAUCAGAUUAAGUUGAUCGAACAAAAGCAGCAGACAGUAUCAGAAGGAGAUGAGGCCAAUGAAGAGGAAAUCUUGAAAGCAGCGAAUGCCAUGCUUAAUUCUGUUAAGCAUACAAUCGUCCAACUACAGAUUGCAAAGAACACAGUUAUACCUGUAAAUGGAAUCUAUACGGGCCGUUCUGAACCCAUUCCUUCGGAUUUGAAACUCGGCGAACCUGAAUCGUCGGUCCAAACUGGAAUAGAAUUCGGUUCAGAAUGUUUAGAGACAAGAGUUUCCAGUUUAAUAAAUGUUGUAGGGAGAGAUCUUCCAGUACCGGAAUUUUCCUAUUCUUCGUCGGACGAAGACGAAGAUUAUUACGAUGCAGCGGAUGAAAUUUCAGCUCCCUCUUCUCAGACUGCACAAAAUCAUCACCCCUCCAAACGACGAGACCUUGAUAGAAUUCAAUCGUCAGAAAGCACUCCUGUUGACAACCGGAAACCACCACCGGCACCUCCUAUCAAAAAUGAUGGAUCUGUAGAUUACGAUGCGUUGUACGAGGAAGAGAGCGAGGAGGAAAUGGAUUCCAUGGAAAGUCAUGGAUCAGUUGUUACACAUCUCUUGUCACAAGUGAAAAUCGGAAUGGAUUUAACAAAAGUUGCCCUUCCGACAUUCAUUCUGGAGCGCCGGUCACUUUUGGAGAUGUAUGCGGAUUACUUUACUCAUCCUGACCAGUUUGUAAGCAUAGCCGAUAUGCCAACUCCUAGAGAUAGAAUGGUGCAAGUAGUUCGGUGGUACCUUUGCAGUUUUCACGCUGGUCGUAAAUCUGGUGUUGCCAAAAAACCAUACAAUCCAGUUUUAGGGGAAGUUUUUCGAUGUCACUGGGACCUUAUGAACGAGAAGGAACAAGAUAAUUUAUCAAAACCUGGAGCCAAACUCGUGAAAGAAGGUCCCAUACCUUGGUGCACUGAAAAUCAACUUUCUUUCAUCGCUGAACAAGUGUCGCAUCAUCCUCCAGUAAGUGGAUUCUAUGCGGAACAUGUUGGAAAGAGAAUCAGUUUCGGUGCUCACGUGUGGACAAAAAGCAAAUUUUUAGGAUUAAGUAUAGGUGUACAUAAUGUAGGAAAAGGUUGGGUGACCGUGUUAGAUCACGGGGAAGAAUACGUCGUAACAUUUCCCAAUGGAUACGGACGAUCGAUUUUGACAGUUCCGUGGAUUGAAUUGGGUGGAACAACCACGAUAACUUGCGCUCAAACUGGAUUCAAUGCUACCGUAGAAUUUUUGACUAAACCAUUUUAUGGCGGAAAACGUAAUCGAAUUAGCUGCCAAGUGAAUCAACCAGCAGACAAGAAGCCUUUCCUUGUAAUUAAUGGAGAGUGGAAUGGAGUGAUGGAAGCAAAAUGGGCUGACGGGAGAACAGAAAUAUUUGCCGACGUUCGAGAUUUGAAAAUAGAAAAGAAGUUGGUGAAGCCUAUGUGCGAACAGGAAGAUUGUGAGUCCCGUAAAGUUUGGAGAGAAGUGACUAUGGGUUUAAGGAUUAAUGAUAUGGAUAAAGCAACGGCUGCUAAAUAUAGCAUCGAACAAAAACAACGAGACGAAGCAAGAAUUCGCAAGGAAGCCAACAUCGCGUGGCAAACCAAGUUAUUCAAAGAAACCAAAGAGGGCGGAUAUGCUUACGUAAAACCUCUCGCAGAUAGAUUGCUUGCCAAAACAGACGAAACGUCAGUGGCGAGUUCAUGAACAGGUAAUGAUGAAGUCGAUUGUAAUUCAUCAUUCGCACAGUAAUAAUAAAAACGAGCCUAAUUCCAUUUCGUCAUACGUGACUCUGUAAGCCUGUACAUAUUUAAAUAAUUGUUAACAAAAUUGCGUUUCAAAAUCUACAUCUAUCUUUAAUUAAUUAUUAUUAACCCUUAAUGAAAAAGAUACCAAGCACUAGUUUUAAUAUUGCUAACUCUCAAAAAAAAAAAAUUGUGCUAACUGAAAAAAUUGAUGAAACUAGUAAAUUGUAAAUUUAUGUAUACUGCGAGGGUUAAUAUUAAUUCAAACUUUUUUUAAACUAAAUUCUUUUUAUCCUAAUACAUAUUCUACGGAUGUUUCUUAUACAGUACAAUAAGUUUUCUGAUAAUCCUCCGUACUUCCAAGUACUAAUUUUGAUUUUGAUUUCAAUUUAAAGAUGAAGUUCGAUUCGAAUCCAAUUUCACAUUCGAAUUACAUUUAAUUGAAAACACUUAUGUCGUUCCAGCGAUUUUUUAAAUUUAUUACAUUUUUAUACGUAAUGAAUUGCAUAAGCGUGAAAUUUAAAUUAACUGCGAGUUUAUGUACAAACUUUAGAUUAGAGGCGUUAAAAUGUAAAAAUAAGUAUUCUAGUAGAAAGUAGAUGCAUCGUUUGUUACAUUACAUUAAUGUAAUAAAUAUAAGAGCGUUUGCAGUUUGCAAAAAAAAUUCAUAUUAAAUAGCCAUCUCACCUACAGUUCAAUUACUACUUAUUAUUUUCACUAGGAAUUUUAAUUUUCUGUGAGAUUAUUUACGUGACUGUAGUUGAUAUUUGCAAAGGUGACAGGGUAAGUGUUUAAUAAAUCAGAAAUUUCCGAAUUGCUUAAAUAAAUUUCGAGAACUGAGUGCCAAGUGAGAUUUUAGUAUGAAAAUCACUUUAGACAUUAGUUAUAAAAGCAAAUUUUAGUUACGCAAGACUAACUCUAAAUACUGAUUAUAGUUGUAGAUUUUCUUCUGAAAAAAUCCUGUAAAUAAGAUGGAUUAUUAUAGUUUAAUAUUUUUUAUAUUCUAGUAUUUAAUUCAGAUUAAUUGCUUUCUUCUCUCAAUUUUUAAAUAAUUGGUAGUAAUGCUUCGAACUCUUGAUAUUAACUGCAAAGUAGAAGCGAUAGAAAGUUUAAAAAAGCUUUUAAUCCCUAGAUAUAAAAUAUUCAAAUUGUACAAUCAUUUCAGAAAAAUAGAAAGAGUGGGGCCGAGUUUGAUUUCUAGAUUCUUUUAUUGUUGAAAGAGAUAAUAUUUUGAGUAUGUCAAAUCUUUAAUGAGUGGGUGACAUUUUUUACUUGUAAUUCAAAUACAAUAAAACAUUCUAAAGUUGAUUCUGAUAAAAAGCAGAAAUUAAGCUUGUUAAAGAAUUAGUCUGUACAGGGCUUAAGAGUGCACGUAUAUAAGUGGCCUUUAAAAACUGAACCUGAAAAUAAAAGCAAUAAUAUUAAGGCUACCAACCGUAUAUCGUUCAGAAAGGCGUAGUACUUGAAAAUUGUUGUAAAUUUAGAGAAGCAAGUGAGGAUGGUAUAUUUUUAUUUAAUAGCUUGUGCUGCAUGUGUCAGAAUUUAAAUUUGUAGAAUUGCCAAAAUCAGGGAAAAAUAUUUGAUGUUGAGAAAAAUCUAUCAAUAACUUAUGAUGCGCAAAACAUCGAAAGUAUAUUGGAAAAAAGUAUUUUAUUACUUUAUUUGAAUUUCGACUUGGGUUUGUAAUAAGGAUUCCAGAAAUACCUACUUCUUAACUUGCUUUAAAUUGUUUAAGUUUUAAAAAGGAAAAAAUUGUAAUUUGUUUUAUUUUAUCUGACUUUCAAAAUCGUGUUUCGCGGAAUAGUGAUACUUGAAGAAGUACUCGGCACAUUUAAUUAAAAUGUAGCAAACCUGUACAGAAAAAUUGUGGACAUUGUUGAAAAAUGUAAAUGUAGGUACCUGUAGUUUUUUGUCAAAAAGUAGAUUUGAAGGAAACCUUAUGUUUCCUUUAGGACAUUAGUCUUACAUUUUAAGUGAAGUUAAACUGCAUAGAACUAUUGCAUGAUGAAUGGUAUAAAGAAAGCUGUUA